AUGUCCCCCGCCGAGCCCUCUCCCUAUAAGGAGAGUAAUAUCAUCUACUCCUGUCUGGAUGGCACGGAGAAGGACCUGCCCGAGAUCUCGGACAUGAUUGCCCGCUUCCUGAGUGAGCCCUACCACGUGUAUACUUACCGGCACUUUGUGUCCAAAUGGCCGACCCUGACCAUCCUGGCCCGGGACUCGCAGUCCUCCAAGCUUCUGGGCGUCGUCGUGUCCAACAUCGAUGACAAGCUUCCCAGUGACAUGACUUCGGCCGAGAUCGAUGCCUACAAGCGCCUGCGCCGUGAGCACCCGGGCCUGUCCCCUUCCGCCGAGGCCGAAAGCGCCGGGGGCCUGAUGAAUCUGCUGCAGGCCGGCGCCGGGCCGGAGGCCUUCGGCCCGGCCACCACCGACCUGGCCCUCCCUGUGGCCCCGCAGCUCGAGCACCGCCGCGGGUAUAUCGCCAUGUUGGUGGUGGACCCGGAGGCGCGUGGCCUCGGAAUAGGCCGGUCGCUGGUGUCGCGCGUGGUGGAGAACAUGCGCGCUGCGCCGGGCGGCUGUGACGAAGUGGUCCUCGAGGCGGAGACCAGCAACCUGGCCGCCUUGCGACUGUAUUCCUCGCUUGGCUUCCAGCGGACCAAAUUCCUCUCGCGCUACUACCUCUCCACCAGUGAUGCCUACCGGCUGGUCCUGUCACUGACGGACCGGGAUCUCAAGUAGUCGGCCCGUGUUUUUGCCCUCGCCAGGGCCCUGUCCUCCCCUCGCGCCGGGCAAGCAGGCGGCACCAAUAGAUCGGCCUCCCCCUUCUCCUCGGACCCUCUCCCCGUGAGAACGUGCGAAAAGGAAGAGGGACCAACAUGCAA